UGAAUACCGUUUAUCAAUGAGUCUUUUCUUAGGCUAAGUCAAAGGGAAAUAUUAAAUAUGUGAUCCUAAAUGUUUAUCAUCAUGUGAACUUGAGAAGCAGGCAGAUGUGCCAGUUCAGCUCUAGGUAGAAAAGGAUGUCUCUCAGACAAGCCAUAAGGUCCAAGUUUCGUUCAGAAAAACCUGACACUGAAAAAGAACCUGACACUCUUCCAAGUGCUUCGACAAGUCUACCAUUUCGAAAUUUUCAGGAGGACGAGAUGUGUUUGUUACAUGAAGAUGUCCUUGGUCAAGAAGAGGAGAGUCUGUUGCAAGCAGAAGUUACUCAGGACUCCAGGUUUCUCACAGACCACUUUCGAUCAGCUUAUGAGACUCAACUCAACCAGUUGCACGAACAGCUUUUAGCUGCCAUCUUGGAAAAUCAGCAGUUAUCAAAUGAACUAAAGCAACUCCGGGAACAAAAACCUGUAGAUUUUGUAAAGGAAUUGGAAAAAGAAAAAGAAAAGAAUCGAUUUCUAACAGAAAAAUUGCAUGAAAAGGAUAAGGAUGUGAAAGAUAAGGAAAUUGCUGGAAGCAAAUCUCCAAGAUUGAGACGGUUAGUGAGGAGAGAGAAGCAUGAUCGAAACAGGACGGUAGAAGUUGGAGAAUUUCAAUCAUCAUCAGUGACAGAAAAGGAUGAGUGGGUAGACAUUGCAAAGGAAGUCACUGAAAAAGAUUAUCAAGAAGAUUCCCCUACUGAGCCUAACCCUCCUGCAACAGUUUCAGGAUGGAGACACUCCUUCAGAAUGUGGCUUCAUGACUGGUUCUCGGAUUUUCUAGAGGACUUUUCAGAGACUACAGUGGAGGAAGAAGAUGUAAAAGAAGCAGAGAAAGAAGGAGAUCCAUUAACAGUAAAGAAGUUGAAAGAGAACAUCCUACGAUUCGGAUAUGCUACAAAACCAAUAGUUAAUGCCAUGGAAAGUUUAACAGGACUACUACAUUGGAAUACACUAGGUACAACCCUGUUAGCCUUUGGGGUGUAUAUGUACACUGUGUAUCAUGGUUGGUUUUUGCCAUUACUUCUUUUCUUGGCCAACUGUCAACUGCUACUCAACUACCUCCGGUACAGAGGCUGGUUUUCAUCAUGCUGUGUCACAAGAAAAAAUGAGCAAGAGGAAGGAGAUAGGGAUUUAGGUGUUUCUGACAAAUUCCAGUUAGUUCUGCAUGUAGCUCGUAAAGUGCAGAAUCAAUCAGGCCGUAUAGCAGAUUGCUGUGAAAAGAUCAAAAACCUUCUUCUUUGGGAAGAACCCGAUGCUGCGGCUCAGCUUUAUUUCUUCCUCUUGGCUGCUUUUGUAGCUUCUUGUGUCUUCCCUGCUAGUCAACUCUUCACUGCAGCUGGUCUGUAUCUUGGUGUCAAAUUGUUUCUAGUUGAUUAUGUUUUCUACCGAUUCCCCCGUGUCCAGCAAAAAUAUGAUUCAGCAUGGAAGAUGUGGAAAUCCUUACCAACUGAUGCUGAACUAGAAAAAAAGCACAGUAGAGCAGAGAUUGAUAGGGUUAGUUAUGGAGUAAAUAUAAUUUUAGUUACGUCCUGCUACCUGUUCGAAUUAUUUAACUUACCAGUAUCAGAAUCCCCACUACCAGCUUGGCAUGCAGGACGAAGGUGUACACUGAUAAACCGAGACAAGUCUCUAACUUCAGCAUUUAAGAAUGGGCGUCUUUAUCUAACAAACAGUUUCUUAUGCUUUGAAAGAUCCCGAACACCAAAUGUGAAGAAUUUAGUUUUGCCACUAAAAAAUAUUGUGAGAUUUGAAAAGGCCAAGCCUUACCCUUGGAUACCAGGAGGUGGAAUGGCUUUAGAAGUAACAAUGGAGAAACCUGAGAAACAAACAUACAUCUUUGGCGCUAUCCUAAAUCGAGAUGAAACGUAUGAUAGCAUUUUGGAAGUAGGUCGUCGAGCCAGCCUACCUUGGGCCCUUCAUCCAACAGAAAGUCAUAAUGAUGAAGGGAAUUCAAAGAAACAAGCUGGAGUGAUUCAGCUGAAGCCUGUGCAGCUUUAACAGUCAAACCGUGUGAACUAUUUCUAGCAUCCCCCAUAACUUUAAAACCUUGGACCAAAGAUGUGAAGGCAAGUUGAGGUUACGUUGUAAUGUCUCAUUCUUAAGGUCCCAACCAGUGGUUGCUGUUUUCAUAAUCACUUUUGGUUAUACAACAAAGAAAGCCACUUUUACUUCUUUUUUUUUUCUGCUUUUAAAUGGCCACUAAGUUGUUAAGAUAAAAAUUAUUAAAAUAUAGCAUUUUAUCCCGUCAGUGCAUGUGCCAGUGCUAGUCUGUACACACGUCAAAGAUGGGAAACACCAUUAAUAUCAAAACUCUAUCACCAGGCCAUAAUGCGUUGCAAAAAUAAAGUGCUUAUUACUUUUGAAAUUGGAUUAUGCCAUCAAAAUAGUUAUGGUUUGAUAUAUUCUGUGAUUAAAAUUUUUCAGUUAGCAAAAAAAUCUGGUCGAAAUGUGGCAUCAUAUAGUUUUAAGGGAAAGACUUAAGAGGUAAACAGUUCCAGUAUUACUACAGUGACUUCUCAAAACUAUUCAUCAUCAGUUGGCUAGGAAUGUUUUUACACUGACAAGAACUAAGAAACAUAGUUUAAGGAUAUAUAUAUAUAUAUAUAUAUAUAUAUAUGUGUAUGUGUGUGUGUAUGUAUAUACAUACAUACAUACAUAGAUGCUAAAAAUAAUACUAAAAAAAAUCCACUAAGUAUAUACUCCCAUAUGGUGUUUGUGUAUUUAUAAAAAAAAUUGUUUUAAAAGCUUUUUAGAACCUUUUGUUAGUGUUAAUGAAGAGCUUAUACAGUUUAAAUUAAGAAAAAUCAGUAAGAAAGUCUGAUAAUUAUUCUAGUUCAAUUAAUUGUGUUUUUUAUUUAGGGGGGAUGUUUAACAGUAAAAAUAUACACAUAUUUGUAGACCUAAAACUUAAAAUGAGUUUUCAGGUU